GGAGGAUGGCCGUUCAGCAAGGUGGGCUGUCGCCUGGGGUGCCGAGAAACGUGGGGGUGGGUCGCGUCGCGUCGCGGCGACCCUUCCGACCUGAUAUGCCAGUAUUCCCACUUUCCUGUGUGGUGCAGCACUAUGCCUGGGGGAAGAUGGGUUCCAACAGUGAAGUGGCUCGGCUGCUGGCCAGCAGUGACCCACAGGCCCGGAUCUCAGAAGACAAGCCAUAUGCAGAGUUGUGGAUGGGGUCCCACCCCCGGGGAGAUGCCAAGAUCCUUGACAAUUGCAUCUCACAGAAGACCCUAGGCCAGUGGAUCGCCAAGAACCAGGACUGCUUGGGCUCAAAGGUCAAGGACACCUUUAAUGGCAAGCUGCCCUUCCUCUUCAAAGUGCUCUCGGUUGAAACGGCCCUGUCCAUCCAGGCACACCCUAACAAGGAGCUGGCAGAGAAACUGCACCUCCAGGCUCCACAGCACUACCCUGAUGCCAACCAUAAGCCAGAGAUGGCCAUUGCCCUCACCUCCUUCCAGGGUUUAUGUGGUUUCCGGCCCAUUGAGGAAAUUGUGACGUUUCUGACAAAGGUGCCUGAGUUCCGGUUUCUCAUCGGAGAUAAUGCAGCAACACAGCUGAAGAAGAGCAUGAACAGUGACUCCCAGUCUGUGGCCUCUGCUCUGCAGAGCUGUUUCUCCCACCUGAUGAAGAGUGAGAAGAAGGUGGUGGUGGAGCAGCUCAAUCUGUUGGUGAAGCGGAUCUCCCAGCAAGUGGCUGCUGGAAACAACAUGGAAGACAUCUAUGGGGAGCUCUUACUGCAGCUGCAUCAGCAGUAUCCAGGUGAUAUUGGAUGCUUUGCCAUCUACUUCCUGAACCUGCUUGCCCUGAAGCCGGGAGAGGCCAUGUUUCUGGAGGCUAAUGUGCCCCAUGCCUACCUGAAAGGAGACUGUGUGGAGUGCAUGGCGUGUUCAGACAACACCGUUCGUGCUGGCCUGACCCCCAAGUUCAUCGAUGUGCCGACCCUGUGUGAAAUGCUCAGCUAUAUCCCCAGCAAGGACAGGCUCUUUCUUCCAACACGGAGUCUGGAAGACCCCUACCUCUCUAUCUAUGACCCCCCCGUGCCAGACUUCACUGUCAUGAGGAUGGAGGUCCCUGGCUCCAUCACUGAAUACAAGGUCUUGGCAGUGGACUCUGCCAGCAUCGUCCUGGUGGUCCAGGGGAGAGUGACAGCCAGCAGUCCUACAGUCCAGACGCCAAUCCCCCUGCAGCGUGGUGGGGUGCUUUUCAUUGGGGCCAAUGAGAGCGUCUCACUGAAGCUCGCUGCGCCCGAUGACCUACUGAUGUUCCGUGCCUGCUGCCUGCUGUAGAGACCAUAGCCUUCCUGGCUCUCUGACGG